GGCUUCCUGGCACAAAUGAGAAAGGAAACAGAGGAUAUUGAAAGCCCCAAGCGCAGCAUUCGUGACAGUGGCUACAUAGACUGCUGGGACUCUGAGCGCAGUGAUUCCCUCUCCCCACCUCGCCACGGCAGAGAUGAUUCCUUUGACAGUCUGGACUCCUUUGGCUCCCGCUCGCAGCAGACACCAUCUCCAGAUGUAGUGCUCAGAGGGAGUAGUGAUGGGAGAGGAAGUGACUCGGAAACUGACCUGCCACACAGAAAGAUGCCAGAUGUGAAAAAAGAUGAUAUGUUGGCGAGGCGGACCUCACACGGUGAACCUAAAUCAGCUGUGCCUUUUAACCAGUACCUCCCAAACAAGAGUAAUCAGACUUUCUAUGUACCUGCUCCACUUCGAAAAAAGAAAGCUGAACGAGAGGAGUACAGAAAGAGCUGGAGCACAGCGACUUCGCCACUAGGAGACAGACCUUUCAGCAAACCCCACCCUGAAACCAUAGAAGAAGAACUGAAUGAAACAACAGGACUGUGUGAAAAGGAGAAAGUGGGUUCCAUAGCUCCUGAAGCAAGCUCCCUUAAAAAUCAAUUAGGUGUGAAUCAAAGUGAAGAAAACUCCACAGACCAGUCUCCUUCAUGCAGUGCAAAAGAAACAUCAGCACCCAAGGGGAAAGAUGUGGAAGAGAUGAAAAAGUUAAGAAGACUUGAACAAGCUGGUAUUAAAGUCAUGUCAGCAGCCCAGCGCUAUGGCAGUAAAAAGCCAAUAUGUGAAGACAGUGGAAGCAUCCCAGACAUCAUCCUUCGCAAGGACAACCCAUUCAUGACACAUUAUCAAGGAAAGGAUUCUGGCUCAGAAGAUGAAGCAGCCAGCAGAGUUCCUGAUUUAGAAAAGGACGACUUUGCCACCAGGAGAGCCAGAAUGAAUCAACCUAAACACAUAAUUCCAUUUAAUUCCUUUGUAGUUGGACCCUAUACAAGUAAAGAGAAAGGUAAACUGGAAGAUAUUAAAAAGCCAUUGCAGAUGGAAAAAAAGGAACAUGCAAGAAGAAGACGGGUGCACAUGACAUCAGUAAGGCAAAUUGGUACAAGCAAAGAGAACCCACUUCUGCAAAAGGAGAAGACUGAGUCACGGGAGGAACAGCAGGUGAAAGAGCUUGAUAAUGAGAGAGAUGAUUUGUCAAAACAGAAAUCUCAAAGCAUCCUGCCUCAGCUACAAGAGGAUGUGCCUUUUGUCAAUGCCUCUAUAACAAAAGCAGAUCUGGAGACCUGGAAAAGAUUGAAACUGUCAGGGGAGCCCAGUGAAGAAGAUUUCAGAUGCUCCAGCAACACCCUGCCACCAACUGAUGCCACGGUGAAAGCAGUAGCCCAUGAUGAUUUUGCUGUCCGCAAAACCAGAGCAAACAAAAAGGCUGGUAGCCCCAAGCAGAAGUUUGUGCAUUUUGGGCCAGUAACUGAGAUAGAUCAACAGAAAUGGGACAAGCUCGUUAUUGGCAGAGCUUCAUCCAAGAGUGGAACAGAAGAGGAAAGCAAGAAAGAUGGUGUGGAGAGUCUCUCUGGAGUUAAAAGCUCUCCUUCAACCACUGCUGUCAGUCUUGGGUUUGCUGAACAACACAGCAGUGAAGUAUCUGAGCCAGAAAAUGAGUCCAGUAAGGGAGGAGUCAAGUCAGGUAGAGAUUACUCUUGCAGGAGAAUUCCAUCACCUCUACCAGCUUCUGAUGUCAUCUGUGAGAAACAAACCCCAUGGAGUCUGAGCAAACAGCAAGAAAGCACCGAGGAAGAAUGUGACAGGAAUUUACCAGAUAUUGAGAGAGAUGAUAUGUUGGUUAGAAGGAUGGGAACUUUUUCAAGGCGUGCCACGAGCUCCAUUCCCAUAAAUUGUCCUCCCCUGUCACUAGCUCAUCUGCUGCAGCAGCAGCAGCAAGAGGAGGUUGUAGCUCGUGAAAAGGAUUUGAAGACUCUACAGGAAGGAGAAAGUACUAUCAGACAAGAAGAAAGCCAAGAACAGCUUGAAAUCCCUCAGCUGCAGAGUGAUGGAACAGAAAACAUGAAAUUUCCAGACCCACAAAGAGAUGACAUGUUAGCCAGAAGAACUGGAGCUUUUCUUAAACAGCAUGGGCCCAAUGUUAAGCAGUUCCUUCCCAUGCCAUUUUCAAAGCAGCAGAAUAAGCAGGGCACAGCUACAGAACUUGAGAAGAAAACCACGAGGCCUGAAAAAUGUCCACAAGUCUACAGUAAUAGCUAUGGAAAACCUGCAGUAGAAUCACCGCAAGGGCAGGAGGACAGUCUCCCACGUACAGGACAAGAUGAGAUUAUUAGAGGUGCCCAAGUGGCUGAAGGUGACCACAGUGAAGUCCACCUUAGUCAAACAUCUAAGCUUCAGGAGGUUCCUGAGGAAAACAAAAUGGAAACACUUUCAUCCAAGGAUGAGCAUCUGCAAACAUUCGGCCCCAGAACUGCUGUGUCUGAUGACGCAGAGAGUAUGAGUAUGUUUGACAUGAGAUGUGAAGAAGAAGCUGUGGCUCAGCCUCAUAGCAAAGCUCGCCAUGAGAAGCUGCAGAAUAUACACAACCAGCUGAAAGAGGAUGAGACCAGAUGGCAAGAUGACCUGGCUCGGUGGAAGAGUCGUCGAAGGAGUGCUUCACAGGAUUUGAUUAAAAAGGAGGCUGAGAGAAAGAAAAUGGAGAGGUUAUUGGCUGGAGAUGGAAUGAGUGAGCGCAGAAAGAGCAUCAAAACCUACCGAGAAAUUGUGGAGGAGAAAGAGAGAAGGGAGCGGGAGCUUCAUGAGGCAUACAAGAAUGCAAAGACACAGGAGGAGGCUGAGAGCAUCCUCCAGCAGUACACUGAAAGAUUCACUAUCAGUGAAGCUGUCCUUGAGCGUCUGCAGAUGCCAAAAAUUCUGGAAAGAAGCCAUUCAGUGGAACCAAAUUCCCCACUGAAAGACCCAAAUCCUCUGAGAUAUUUAAGGCAACAGUCACUUCCUGCUCCAAAAUUCACUGCCACAAUUGAAGCAACCAUUGUUCCCACCACUGAACUAGAGCCCAGCAGUUCAACAGGACGCACAUCUCCCAGCAAAAGUGUCUCCAAGGCUGUACCUAUGCUGACACCCAAGCCUUACUCACAACCCAAAAAUACACAGGAAGUUUUAAAGAACUUUAAGGUAGAUGGAAAAGUCAGCAUGAAUGGAGAAAAUGUCAACGGCAUGGAAGAAAAGGAUAAAGAAUGUACAACAGUAAUAUUUACUCCUUCACCAACCAGAUCUCUGAAAUCUGAUGGAGUAGCCAGAGGGGACAAGCCCCUGGUAGAGCUGAAGAAGGACCCCCCAAGUGUUGAGCUCAGUUUACAGAGGCCUGCCACUCAGAGUGUGCACAAAGAGCCAACAGCCUCCCCGGUGGAACUGGAUGGAGCUGACAGCCUGCAAGCCAAGCGCAGCCCCGGCAGUGAGGCACCUGCCCCCUUGGAGUGCCCAUCCCCAGAAUUUGGUUUAGAUCAAAAGCAAUUCAAGUCAACUGCAGCUUGUGCCAGCCCUGUUGUGAAGAGAUUAGAAUUUCUUCCCAGUCCUGUCCCUUCAGAGGAAACUACUUCAAGCAAGAAAGAUGUGAAGAAAGCUGAAGCAGAGCAACAGAAGGACACAGCACUCCCUCCUACACAGGAGGUGAUUAAAACAAAAUAUCUGGAAGAAAAGGGGAGUGUAGUGCUGCCAUUUUUAAAGAAACUACCUGAAACCAGCCAAGUUACUCUGCAUAACUCUGGUCUACAAGAGCCGCCCCGCGGGGCCAUGGUUCCGCUUAGGGUCCGCAACAACUGGCGGCGCUCACAGUUUUUCUCCCAGUCAGCUGAUUCUGAUACUGGUGAUAAAUCAAAUCGUUUCAAUUUUUGGGCCUGGGAUCCAGAAGAAGAACGAAAGCGCCAGGAAAGGUGGCAGCAUGAGCAAGAACGCUUGCUUCAGGAGAAGUAUCAGAAGGAGCAGUGCAAGCUGAAAGAGGAAUGGGAAAAGGCCCAGAGAGAAGUUGAAGAGGAGGAGCGUAGAUACUAUGAGGAGGAACGCAAGAUAAUUGAGGAUACUGUAGUUCCGUUCAUUGUUUCUUCAAACUCUGCUGAGCUCCUCUCCUCUUCUUCCUCUACCACUGAAGGAAACAAGAUAGUGAACUCAACUGAUUCAAACAGCUGUCCAGGGGAAGGCAAACAAAAAGAAGUUGCAAAGCAGAAAAUGCUGCUCUGGGAGCAGGACAGUAUGUCAUCUCUGAAAAGCAAGGAAAGUGAACUCUGGCAAGAAAAGAGGAGCAGUGGAAAUAAAAUGUUCUCAGGAUACCCAGAGACUGGUAUCUUGAAAGGAGGAAGUGAACAGGAGCACCACAUGCCAGCGACGGAGCUCAGCUCACCUGCCAGACUGAAUCUGCCGCUGACUCAGGAUGAGAAUGUCUCCUGGAGCCAGCAGCUGCUGACAAAGCGAUCUCCACAGUGCAUGGAGGACUUUCUGCAGAAACCAUUCCCAGGCCAGACUGUGGGACAGCAACCAAGCUCCACAGGGGAAUCAAGGAGGGUUGGCUAUCAUGAGACCUUCCGAUCUGGGCCAUCAUCUCCCUGUUCUCCUGCUGCUCUAAGUCAGUCACCCAACAGGUACUAAAGAUCUGUCAGCGGGAAGAAGCUUUGUUCUACCUGUGGUCUCCCUCUUGGAAAAGGAGCUGCCAUGAUUAUUGAAACACUCGGUCUUUAUUUCCAUAUUCAGUGCUUCAGGUGUGGUGUUUGCAAGGGACAGCUGGGAGAUGCAGCCAGCGGCACAGAUGUCAGGAUUAGAAAUGGUCUCCUUAACUGCAACGAUUGUUAUAUCCGAUCCAGAACUGCUGGACAGCCAACUACAUUGUGA